AUGAGCGAGGCGGGCGAGGCCACCACCUGCGACACCACGCUCCCGCAGGCCGCUGACCCUGCGCCUAAGAGCCCUGCGGCCAGCGGCACGCCCCAGGCCCCGGCGCCAGCUGCGCCCCUCGCGGGGAGCCCUGGCAGAGACGCAGCCCCCAGACCCGCCCCGGCCUCUUCAGCUCCCGUGGGCAGCGAGGACUCGGAGAAGAAAGUUCUCGCCACCAAAGUCUUUGGCACUGUCAAAUGGUUCAACGUCAGAAAUGGAUAUGGAUUUAUAAACCGAAAUGACACCAAAGAAGAUGUGUUUGUACACCAGACUGCCAUCAAGAAGAAUAAUCCACGCAAGUAUCUGCGCAGUGUGGGGGAGGGAGAAAUUGUAGAGUUUGAUGUGGUUACAGGAAAAGGGGGUCCUAAAGCAACAAAUGUGACUGGCCCAGAUGGAGUUCCAGUAGAAGGGAGCCACUAUGCUGUGCGCCGUAGACCUCCCCAUAAUGCUGGUGAGAUUAGACAGAUGAAAGAUGGAGUCCUCAAGGGAACACAACUCCUGGUCCAUCAGAAUCCAACCUACCGCCCGAGGUUCCACAGGGGACCCGCUCACCCAUGCACGAGCCCAUAUCGUUCCCUACAGGUGCACAUCUUUGUGGUAAACAGUAAGGAGAAUGUCUCUGUGGUUGACAAUAUGGAGAAUGUCAUUGUGCUUAAAAAUGGGGAGGACAUUUUUGUGGAGCACACUAAGGGUGAGGAAGACAUCUUUGUAGUGGAUAUUGAAGAGGACAUCGCUGUAGUGGGCAGUGGGGAGGACUUCCCUGUGGUGGACAUUGCCAAGGAUUUCCUUCGGGUGGAAUGA